AUGGCUCACGAAAAAGAAGAGCCUAAAGAGGUACUCCAAUACCCAUUGGACUCAAAAUCGUACGAGAUUCUUGAUGAAGUUGGUAGUGGUGCUAGCUCUGUUGUUUACAAGGCCAUAUGCAUGCCCAUGUACCCCAUGGUGGUGGCAAUCAAAGCCGUCGAUCCUGGUCAAUCAUUCUGGUUGCACUGGCUAUUAUCAAAGCCAAUAUCGCUUUUGUCCCACUCCCACCCAAACAUCCUCAACCCUCUCUGUUCCUUCACAGUUGAUGAUCGCCUUUGGGUGGUGAUGCCAUUCAUGUCCGCCGGUUCUUUACAAUCCAUAAUGUCUUCUUCUUUCCCAGACGGCUUCUCCGAGCCAUGCAUCGCAGUAAUUCUCAAAGAAAUUCUAAGCGCCCUGUCCUAUCUUGACAAGAAGGCAGACGUUCACAAAUACAUCAAGCCCCGUAACAUCCUCAUUGACUCAAAUGGGUCCGUGAAGCUUGCAGAUUUUGAAAUGCCCUCAAUAUCCGAUAUAUCAAGAACGUCUUAUUGGGUGGCGCCGGAGGCAAGAAACUUGCAAAUUAAUGGUUACGUCUUAAAGGCUGAUAUAUGGUCCUUUGGAAUCACUGCGUUAGAAUUGGCCCACGGACGCCCUCCUUUGUCUCAUCAUGAUCACCUCCCUCCUUCAAAGCACAAGAAUUUCUCCAAGGCUUUCAAAGACAUGGUGGCUUCGUGUCUCCAUCAAGAUCCAUCAAAGAGGCCCUCGGCAGAGACAUUGUCGAACCAUUCCUUCUUCGAGAAUUGCGGUGGUUUGGAUUUUCUUGUAGAGAAUGUCUUGCAGGGGCUGCCUAGUGUUGAAGAAAGGUUCAAGGAAAGCAAGAUUAUUAAGCAUGAGGGUGGUGACUCAUCAGCGAGGCAGUGUAUAAAAGAGACAAGGAUGAUCAGUGGGUGGAGUUUCAACGAGGAAAGGUUUGAAAUCGACCCAGUCUUCCAAACCGAGUCCACCGACGACGAUUCAAGGGUGAAACUAUAA